AUGGCACGUACGACGAACGCAUCCCAGGUGUUGGGUCGUGUGGCGCGUAUGAGCACAUCGGCGCAGUGCUUGGCGAUCAAGGAGUUUACCAUGCCAGCAAUGAGCCCUACCAUGGAGCACGGCAACCUAGGCCAGUGGAAAGUGAAAGAAGGUGAAGCGUUCUCGCAGGGUGAUGUGCUGGUGGAAGUUGAGACCGACAAGGCCAUGAUGGACGUGGAAGCGCAAGACGAUGGUAUUCUGGCCAAGAUUUUCCAGCCGUCGGGUUCGAAGGAUGUGCCAGUGAACCAAGUGAUAGCGAUGUUGGCCGAAGAGGGUGAUGAUCUUUCCAACUUGCCCGAUGCCUCCGAGUUCCAGUCCAAGAAGCCCAAGGAAGAGCCGAAGGAGGCGCCCAAGGAAGAGCCGAAGGAGGCGCCCAAGGAGGCGCCCAAGGAGGCUCCCAAGAAAGACACCGCCUCUGCCGACAAGGUCCACACGCCUGUGCACCUCAGCAAGCCAGCGCCGCCAUCGGUGAUCCGGCUGCUCCAUGAGAACGGCAUUGAGGACCCAGAGUCGAAGAUCAAGGGCACGGGUUUGCACGGUAUGCUGACGAAAGGCGACGUGAUGGCGUACCUCGGCACAUCGAAGAGCCCUUACGGCACAGCGAGCCCGCAUCAUACGACCAUGUCAGACCUCUCUGGCGCGUCGGCCAAGAAGGACGACGGCAAGGCUGCUCCGCCGCCGGCUGCCAAGCCGCUUACUGGUGACGAGCAGCGCACAUUGAUCCUGGAAGGUUUGGCUGCGAUGACAGCGCCGCACCCCGCGCCUACCCCUGCAGUGGACUUUGACGAGAUGAUGAAGUCGUACCUGCCAGCGGGCACGCCGCCACCUACAUCGGCUCGCCCCACGGCGUCUGAUGCGCUUGCGUCGCUGUACAAGAACCUGCUGUAA